CGCUGCAUACAAUUCCAGUCAGUCGUCGUUUGACCUUUCAACUGAACUCAUUAAAAUCAAUACGAUGUUGUUCACGACAUUAACUCUGCUCCUGUUCUUCCUGUCGCAAUUACAUUGUUACGUCGUGGAUCCAGGUCCUCAGGUGAAGGCGACGAAAGGUUUCGUGUGGCCCAAACCGCAGCAGGUGACGCGUUCACAAGAAUAUUUUGUGAUUAAUCCGAAGGAGUUUAGGUUUAAGAAUUUGGGAAAAGAAUGCGCGAUUUUGGUAAAAGCCUUCCAACGUUAUGGAACCAUGAUAAACGUAACAAAUUCUUUGGAGAGACGCGGAAGAUUAACCGAAAUUUCUGUUGCGCAUUUUCACAGAAUCUACGAUAAAACCAAUUAUUUGGGUUCUUUGUCUAAGCUAUAUGUGGAUUUAGAAAAUCCUUGUAAAGAUGAUGAAUAUCCUUCAGCUGUAAUGGAUGAAUCAUAUGAAAUAAAUAUAACAAAUUCUAUGAAGCCAAUGCUGAAAGCGAAAUCGAUUUGGGGUAUUCUCAGAGGUCUAGAAACGUUUUCGCAAUUAAUACAUUACGCUAGCAACGAAUACACGCUGAUUGUAAACUCCACUUGGAUUAAAGAUUUUCCAAGAUUUCCAUACAGAGGUCUAAUGUUGGAUACAUCUAGACACUUCAUUCCCGUCUAUAGUAUUUAUAAUACUUUAGACGCGAUGUCUUACAAUAAAUUGAACGUGUUCCAUUGGCACAUUGUGGACGAUCAAAGUUUUCCAUACCAAAGCACCAAAUUUCCCGAACUGAGUGAUAAAGGAGCGUAUCAUCCAAUUUCUCAAGUAUAUACUUUACUAGAUAUAAAGAGAGUAAUUGAGUUUGCUAGACUUAGAGGAAUUAGGGUAAUUCCAGAAUUUGAUACACCAGGACACACUCGAUCAUGGGGUGAAGGCAUUAAGGAUAUUCUAACUCCUUGUUAUGAUACUAAUGGAAAAGCGACCGGAAAAUACGGUCCGAUGAAUCCGGCCAGUAAAAAGUUGUUCAAGUUUCUCAGAGAGUUGUUCAAGGAGAUUCGUGAUGUUUUUCCAGAUAGUUACUUGCAUCUGGGUGGUGACGAGGUUGAAUUUGAGUGUUGGGACAGCAAUGAAGAAGUAAAAGAGUUUAUGAAGAUGAAGCAAAUUAAGAAUUACAAAGCGUUGGAGAACUACUACAUCCAAGAACUUAUUAGAAACAUCGUUGAUAUCACGGAUGUUCAUGUUGUCUGGGAAGAGGUUUUCGUAAACGGAGUUGAAUUGACGAAUGAUACAAUUGUUCACGUUUGGAAGAACGAUGGAUUCACAGUCUUGAAAAAUGUAACUGGAGCCGGUAAACCGGCUUUGCUCUCUGCUUGUUGGUAUUUGGAUCAUUUAAAAUCUGGUGGAGAUUGGAAUGACUUUUAUGAUUGCGAUCCUCACGAUUUUCAUGGAUCUCAAGAACAGAUGGAUUUGGUUUUGGGUGGCGAGGCCUGCAUGUGGGCUGAGGUAGUGAAUGGACACAAUAUAGGAUCGAGGAUUUGGCCGAGGGCGAGCGCCACCGCUGAGAAGUUGUGGUCGAAAAAGAAUGCAGACGAGUUUUCUAAAGCGGCGCAAAGGCUGGAGGAGCACACUUGCAGGAUGAAUUUUAGGGGAAUCCCAGCACAGCCACCUAACGGUCCGGGAUUUUGUCUCUAAAACAGCAAUAAUUAUACAUAUAUCUUUAAUGAUAUUGAUUAGAGAAACUAAUUUUAAUAUGCACAACGAAAAAAGUUUGAGAAACACUGUAUUUUUUUAAACUUGAAUUCAAUGAUUGUUGAUCAUUUAUAUGAUAACAUCUAAUAUAUCACCUAAAUAUAAUAUUUGUUAAAAUAA